AUGCGCUUCAACGUCUUCACAAGCGAAUCUCUCGAUUACACUAUAGGGUUCUACAUCGAGACAGAAGCAAGUACCAGACAUGGCUGGACACACUUCAUGGCACCGGAAACUCGCAAAAGAAGAAAAUACUCCGCUGUAUACGGCCCCAAUCCCAAAGACGCCCCAGGAUACAUAGAAGGGUCUUGCAGGAAAAUAGCAACAAUGGACGAGCAGGACCUGUCCAAGUUCCACGAAGAAUGCUACCAGGCAACCGCUGCCAUAACAGAGUUCGACGAAAAGGAUUUCUUCUGGGCUAGGGAGGUUGGACGACAGUCUUUCCAGAAGAAGAUCUUUGAGUGGGAUUUUUCGGUCGAGAUGGACUGGCGUUCUGUGUGCUGUGGUGAUAGCGAUGAUGGUACUCCGCUGGGUUGGAGUCAAGUGGGCGGCCCGACGCGAUCUGUUUCUCUGUCGCCUGAUUACAUGUAUUCCGUUGGAAGUCCGACAGGAAGCUCCUUGAGUAGUCCCAUCGGUAGUCCUCCAUACGGUCGUCCCAACACUCAAUGGGCGUCGGUGUAUUCUUCAAUCAGCGGCCGCCUGGCUGGGACUUCGUUGAGUGGUUCUUCUGACGCCAAUGGAACGACUGAAAGCUUUUCCACUCUGUCCCCAUCUCCUGGAGCUUCUACCUCUCCUCGGUCGACCGGGGGCCAGUCGAGAUAUGGUUGCAACAGUUAG